CCUGAUUCAAACACAAGUCUAAUAUAUUGAAGAAAGAAUAAAACACAGAAACCAACAGCACCCCUUUUGACUUAAUUUUCUUUUGAAAGAAUCAAGUUUCUCUUUAGCUGAUUCAGUUUCUUCUCGAAAAUUGCUCCCCCUUUCCUUUUUUUUUGUGUUACUUUGAUUGAUUAGAGGAAUUGUCUCCAGAUUACAGAGAAGUCGAAGUUUUACGAAGAUAAGAUUUCAUUGACUAGAACAGGGAAAGUGAGUUGACUCACUGGGGAACCCGCUGCUGCUUAAGUGGGAAGUUACUUGGAUGAAGCUUGUUUGCGAAACUGAACGGUUCACAUUGAACAUAGUAAAAGUUUCCUGAACUUUAGACCCUCAAUCGGUUUGUUAGUGUUGGAGGAGAUUCAUCAAGGUUUUGGGAUGGGGUGUGGGUGUUCAAAACUGUCUGCAUGUUGUUGGAGCUUGGAUCAGAAUGGAUCAAUUCCUGAAGCUGAUAAUGUUGAAAAUGAUGACAAGGGUGAAGUUGAUGAUUUGCCUGCAUUCCGUGAAUAUUCAAUUGAAACACUCAAGAUGGCUACAUCUGGAUUUGCCAUGGAGAAUAUAGUUUCAGAACAUGGUGAGAAGGCUCCUAAUGUAGUUUAUAGGGGCAAGUUGGAAAAUCAAAGGUGUAUUGCCGUUAAACGAUUUAAUAGGUCUGCAUUGCCUGAUGCCCGACAAUUCUUGGAAGAAGCAAAAGCUGUUGGUCAGCUCCAGAACCACAGGUUGGCGAAUUUACUUGGCUGCUGCUGUGAAGGUGAUGAGAGGUUACUUGUUGCUGAAUUUAUGCCCAAUGACACGUUGGCAAAGCACCUAUUCCAUUGGGAAGCACAGCCGAUGAAGUGGGCAAUGCGACUAAGGGUUGCUUUGCAUCUUGCAGAAGCUCUAGAAUAUUGCACCAGCAAGGGACGUGCCUUGUAUCAUGAUCUAAAUGCUUAUAGAAUAAUUUUUGAUGAAGAGGGGAACCCUAGACUUUCAUGUUUUGGUCUGAUGAAGAACAGUAGAGAUGGCAAAAGUUAUAGCACAAACCUGGCGUUUACUCCUCCCGAGUAUUUGAGGACAGGAAGAGUAACACCAGAAAGUGUUAUGUAUAGUUUUGGUACCCUUCUGCUUGAUCUUCUCAGCGGAAAACAUAUUCCUCCAAGUCAUGCACUGGACCUUAUCCGUGACAGGAACAUUCAGAUGCUGAUAGAUUCUUGUUUGGAAGGGCAAUUUUCAAAUGAUGAUGGAACUGAGUUAGUUCGUUUAGCAUCACGAUGUUUGCAAUAUGAGCCCCGUGAACGGCCAAAUCCGAAGUCAUUGGUUGCUGCAUUAAUUCCUCUUCAGAGGGACACUCAGGUCCCUUCUCAUGAAUUAAUGGGCAUACUUCAUGGAACUGAUGCUGUUCCUUUAUCACCAUUUGGGGAAGCUUGCUUAAGAAUGGAUUUUACUGCCAUCCAUGAUGCUCUAGAAAAGCUUGGAUAUAAAGAUGAUGAGGGUGCUGCUAAUGAGCUUUCCUUCCAGAUGUGGACAAACCAGAUGCAGGAAACAUUGACAUCGAAGAAAAAGGGUGAUGUUGCUUUUAGGCUUAAAGACUUUAGAUCUGCCAUUGAAUGCUAUUCCCAGUUCAUUGAUGUUGGAACCAUGGUUUCCCCAACGGUUUAUGCUCGACGUUGUUUGUCUUACCUAUUUGCAGUGCAAGCACAAGUAAUAUCUCCUAUUUGGCAUAUUGCAUCCUACUUGCAAACUGCUGCCCUACUUGCUCUAGGGAAGGAGGAUGAGGCACAAGCUGCUCUUAGGGAGGCUUCUGGGCUUGAAAGUAAAAAGAAUGCAACUUCUUGACAAUGAUCAAAGCUAAAAUAAGCCGCUCUCCAAUCAACCCAAAAGAGCAAAAUAAGCUUCUCUAUUUUCAGGUAAGAUAAAUAACAAGUUUAUAACUUCAAAGAAACCUUGGAUAUAAAGAAUGCAUGUGAUUUUGGUCCUCUCUGUGCAUGUGUGGUUUGGUUCACGGUCAGCUCAAAACAUUCUUUUACAUGAUAUUGGAUAUGGGUUGGAUUUGUUCAGUUUGGUGGGGCUAUUGGGACAAAUCCGUUGUUUUUGUUCUUACUGACAUUUCCCAACACAAUGACUUUUGAGGGGAACAAUUAGGGAACAGAUUAUAAUAGUUGUAGAGAAGGGUUUAAUUGUUUAAAAUUGCAUGUUUAAAGGGUGAAUACGAAGAUGAUGUCAUGCUUGUAAUUUAUGUACAGUACUUCUGGUUAUGGCCCCUCAUUUGGAGAAGCAAUUUGCUGUUCUUUU